CCCGAAGAUCCUCCGCUCGGCUUGCCGCUUCCGCCUCCUUCGCCUGCCGCUGGCACUUCCGCUUCCGGUAGCCACUAUCCACACUGUGAGAGGCCCGGCCAUGGCGGGGAGCCGGCUGGAAACCGUGGGCAGCAUUUUCUCGCGGACUCGGGACCUCAUGCGGGCUGGGGUAUUGAAGGAGAAGCCCCUCUGGUUCGACAUAUAUAAGGCCUUUCCGCCGCUGAGGGAGCCGGUCUUCCGAAGGCCCCGCUUGCGAUAUGGCAAAGCCAAAGCUCCCAUCCAGGACAUCUUCUACCACGAGGAUCUGAUUCGGGCGAAAUUUUAUUCAGCCUACGGAUCUGGUCAAAAAGCCUUUGAUCUGUUCAAUCCAAACUUCAAGUCCACCUGUCAACAGUUCGUGGAGAAGUACAUUGAGCUGCAGAGACUUGGAGAGGCAGACGAAGAGAAAUUAUUUGUGGAAACAGGGAAGGCUUUAUUGGCAGAAGGAGUCAUUUUAAGACGAGUAGGAGGAGCAAGGGCCGACGGGAGCCACAGCUCCUGGAAAUCUGAACCCAUGGGUGUCAAACCCCAAACUGAGUUGGAAAAAAAACAGCUCCUGGAAGAAGUUCGACGGGACCAGCAUUCGGAGGCACCUGAAGAGCCAUCGAAAGGUCCCUCACCUCCCUGAAGAAUACACGUGCCGUGUGUGUGUGUGACAUCCAGACGGUGCUCACUGGAUGCAUGUUAAACAAUGUGUAACAGUUGGGCUCCAUGAACAUUUCCGGAUCUCGCAGGCAUUGUGUUCCUCAUCUUCUAAUUCUGGUUUCCAGGUUGUUGCACGGCUCGGUGUCACGGUUUGAAGGAAGCAGUUAUGUGAACUUUCACGUUAGAGCAGUGUUAAAUAAAGAAUUCCCUAGUGCUUGUAAAGUAAAUUCUCUUUUACAUUGUAAAUAGCACAAGGAAACCUUUAUAAGUAUCGAUUGACUGGGACUCAUCUUGAGUAGGUGUGCUUGGAUUUUGGUGUGCGAGUGUGGGCUGGCCCAUGAGACUUUCACUUACACACAUCGGAUGAUCUGAUACGUGCAGAUAAUCUACAUCCUUUUUGCUAUGGAAAUACUGACCUCCGACUUUAGAGGCCCGGCUGCAUUGUGCUUGGCGGUAAGAGUGAGGACCUGUCAUUGAACACAGCCAGAGGCCAGAAUUAUCCCUUUAACCUCAUUCAUGCAUUGGCCGUGCUGGAGACAGUUUGCGUGGGCCUGCGAGCCCCGGCUUUGCUGAGCGAAUGAAUGGUUGCAUCCAGCUGAACACUGAAUCCGGAAGACAGCUCUCAGGUUGCCAGUAGGGGCAGCCAGUUUAGAGGAUGUUCUCCAUCAGCACCCACCUGCCCCGCUGGUGCGAGAUGUGCUCACAAGUCCUCACCAACUGUCUUGCUUUUAUUAAAUAAAUGAAAUACCCCUCUGA